AUGAGCAACUUCCACAAAGCACUUAUCUUCUUUGUUGGGUUUGUUUCCUCAAUUUUUUUUCAAAUUUCAACUGCAUCUGUCGUUUCAACAGGAGACUUCAAUAAGGACUUCUUUGUGAUAUGGUCUCCUACCCAUGUAAACACAUCGGCUGAUGAACAGACAAGAAGCUUGAAACUGGAUCAAGAAUCUGGAGCUGGUUUUGCUUCGAACCAGAUGUUUUUAUUUGGGAAAAUUGACAUGCAAAUCAAACUAGUACCAGGUCAUUCUGCAGGCACAGUCCUGGCCUAUUAUUUGACCUCUGAUCAACCCAAUCGAGAUGAGAUAGACUUUGAGUUUCUAGGUAAUGUCUCUGGCCAGCCAUAUAUUUUGCAAACAAAUAUUUUUGCAGAUGGGUUUGACAAUAGAGAGGAGAGGAUUUAUCUGUGGUUUGAUCCAACAAAGGACUUCCAUACUUAUUCUGUGUUGUGGAAUCUGCACCAGAUUGUGUUUAUGGUGGACAUGAUUCCUAUAAGAGUGUACAGAAACCACGCGGACAAAGGAGUACCAUUUCCUAGAUGGCAGCCAAUGAGUCUGAAAGUGACAUUGUGGAAUGGUGAUACGUGGGCAACAAGAGGUGGCCAAGAUAAGAUUGAUUGGACAAAGGGACCCUUCAUAGCUUCAUUUAGAAAUUACAAGAUUGAUGCUUGUGUGUGGAAAGGGAACCCGAGGUUUUGUAGAGCAUCUAACCCUACCAAUUGGUGGAACCAAUACAGCUUUAACUCACUUACAUCUACACAAAGAAAGUGGUUCAAAUGGGUUAGGAAAUACCACACCAUAUAUGACUACUGCCAAGACAAUGAGAGGUUCCAAAACAAUCUUCCAAGGGAAUGUUCUCUUCCAAAGUAUUGA